GUUGCACAAAGACCAGAGUGCGCACACACGCGGAACCUCAUCCAUGCUGUGAGCGCGCGGCAGCUGCUCCACUUCUCGGCUCUCCAGGUGAAUGAUCGGUGCGCACGCCACGCUGUGGUUGUCUCGGCCGUGGAAGACCAUCUGCGCUUCACCGCGACCUCCGGGAACCUUUGAGGCACUGGCGAGGAGAGAGUUUGCUGCAGCGGUCUGCAAACUUUUGGCGUCAUGAACGCGAGAUCAACGAUCAACCUCGACACCUACGGCCUGUCGCUGCUCACGGCCAAAGAGGACAUCAUCAACCCGCGGUCCUCCACCAACUGGGCAUUAUUCUCAUAUGAUGGAAUCAGCAACAAGCUGAAACUGGCUGACUCUGGAGCGGGUGGUAUGGCAGAGCUGGCAGAGAAGUUUGAUGUUUCCAAGCCCCAGUACGGACUGUGCAGAAUGGGAAGCACAGACACAGGAAGUCCAUGGAUUGCUAUGAUCUGCUGGGUUGGCCAAAAUGUGGAUGAAUUCCGAAAGGCUGAAUGUUGCAACCAUCUUUCCGCUGUCAAAAACUUUUUCAAGGAAGCCCAUGCUUUCAUUAGAGCUGAGAAAGUAGAGGAUGUGACAGAAGAGAGGAUAAAAGCUGAGCUCAGCAAGGCCCAGGCCAGCGCUCCCACGCACUGGAUCAGGAGGAGCUCCAGGUCGGCCGACAAGGAGGAGAUAGUGGGCACAAACUACAGGAAAACUAAUGCUGCCAUGGAGAUGAGACGGAUAAACAGGGACUUCUUCUGGGCACGUGCUGAGCGUGAAGAGGACGAGAGGAAGGAAGCGGAGAGGAGACGAGCAGUGGAGGAAAGACGGCGCCUCGAAAGAGAAAGAGUUCUGACAGAACAGAGGGAAGCAGAAGAAAGAGACAGAAAGAUGAACGAGAAGUUGCAGAUGAUUGAGGAGCAGAGAAGAAAGCAGGCUGAGCAAGACGAAGAACUGCGCAGGAAAGAGAAGUCACGAUGGGAGCAGCAGCAGAGGGAGCAUGAGGAGGAUAUGAGGGCACGUCUGAGAAGGAGCGAGUCCAUAGAGAAAGCAGCAGAGGCUGCAGUGUUAGUGUCCCAGCGCUCUAUGAAUCCUCGGGAGUUCUUCAGACAGUUGUCAUCAUCAUCAUCACUAAGUCCCACCAGCCCCGGAUCCUCCCGCACUGGGAAACCGUUCAGACGAUACCAACGCAGCCUGACAGACACCGCGUUCAUCUUCUCUAAAGCAGAAGAAAACGCAGCAACCUCUCCACUGGUCUCGCCCUUCUCCAGGACCCCUCCCUCUCCACUGUUUCGCGCCACAUCUCCCUCUGCCAGCGCAGAUUUACACCCUGUCGCCUCUCCGCAAAGACUGAGGGCCGUCUCACCGCCCGCGUCACCUCUUCAGCCUGCAGCGCCGGUCUCGGCUGUCCCCAGUGUCCCAUCAAAUAACAGCCAAGUUCAGGAUGCUGUCGAACCCAAAGCUCCAUCACCCACAGAGCCUUCUGCACCGCCGGCCUCCCCGACUCUACUAGCUGCCUUCUCACACAAUUCAUUAAAAAGCUCUCAGCCAAUUCCAGAGGCUAUGCCGCCCUCGCCUCCAAAUACACCCUCUGAUGUCCAGCUGGAGGAGCCGACUUUCUGCUUUGAGACAGGUGUAGAGCCACAGCCACCAACAGCUCCACUUCCACAGAGACCAAACACAGAGCUGGACUCUAAUGUGAAGCCUGAGUUGAUCUGUGAUACUGGCUUCAAAGUCCAGGCUGUGCUGAUAGAGGAGGACGAGGACGAGGAUGUGCAGGAAGAAGAAGAAGACGACAAGUGUGAAACACAACCUCAGCCUUGUGCCGUCACCACGGAACCAAUCCAGCCUGAGGAAGAGGAGCAAGAGCAGGAGGAGCUGUCAGAACAGAAAGCUGACUCUUCACCACCGGAGGAGUCAGGGGAGGUGGUGACACGAGAAGACAGAGAGGAAGAAGUGACGGAGAACAUCCAGACUGAAGACAGUCAGGCCCCUGCCGAGUGUGUUCUAGAGAAAGAGUCAGCAGUCACAGAAGCUGAAGACAUUUGUCAACAAUUAAAGCAAGACACCGUCGUCCUGGUAACUAACGGGAUGACGAAUGGGGAGGACACAGCGGCACAGAACGGCAUAGAGCGAUCCUUGAGCCCAUCUGACACUGAAAUGAGUUCCCCAGACGUGCCAGUCUGUCAUGUUCAUCAUGACAAGGUGACAGAGGAGGAGGAGGAUGUUGCUGAAGAUGAGCAAGAGGGAGUCCCUGAAAAUGGACAAAUGGUUUUAGCCGAGGCACAAAUGUGCGUCCGAGCUCUGUACGACUACCAAGCAGAGGACGACUCUGAGAUCUCCUUUGAACCAGGUGACAUCAUCAGGGACGUGGAAACAGUGGACAAAGCCUGGUGGAGGGGGUGGAGCAAAGAUGGCCGGCAAGGCUUGUUUCCCGCCAAUUAUGUAGAGACUAUAUAGAUCCGCCCGGGGAGGCCGUGUGCCCUUGCAUUUAUGCAUGUUUUUACUUUUACCCCACCACAAAAAAAGCUUGUGGAAAACAACAAAGAACGUAUUUUCAUGUACUCUGAGAAAAACAGAAAAUACCCAGAAGCGUCCUGCCUCAUUUUCCAAUUCAUAUAAUUGGCUUUUUUUUUUUUUUUUUUUUUAGGGGCUCAAAAUAGGUUGGUGAAAGGGAUCAGAUCAUGAUGAGAAAUGAUCACAUGCUUUUCUUUUAAGAAACUUUUAUUUUUUAAAUAGUGUAUUGUCGUCUUUUCUGGUGCACAUAACAGCCAUUCCAUUCUGCUUACUGUUCUGCUGUGUUAUCUUACAAAAAAAAAAAAAAAUCAUCUCCUAUUCUUGUCCUGUUUGUAUAAUCAACACAAACAUAGAGAUUUUAUAAUCAUCUUCCUGAGUGUUCUGAUGGUGAACUACAUUUGUUAUUGCCCGACUCUGAAUUGGUCUUCAGAACACAAAAUAAUAGUACAACUUGACACUUGUCUUUUUUAAAACAAAGUAAAUGUGUUUGUGUUCUUCUAUGCAUUCCUUUCAUAGAUUUUAUGAAACUGAAGCAUUAUAUUAACACUCAUAAUACUCAAUUGAUUUCUUCUCCAUAUUUCAGUCGUGAGUAAUAUGUUUUAUUGUACAUAAAAAUGUAUAGGAACAUCAAAGAUAUUCUGUAUGUGGCUUAUGUUCUUAUUUUCUUUGUAUUUACUCAAAAACAAAUAUAUAGCAUUCACAGCCUCA